UCCCCGAGCUUCAGCACCGCGGGCCGGACAGCGCCCUGCGGGCCGGGCGGCUCCCGGUGCGAGGCAGGCCCCGGCCGCACCAUGUUCCCCGGGCUGGCGGUCGCGCUGCAGGUGCUGGCCCUGCUGGCGAGCCGCGGGCACGGCUUCCCCAGACCCGCGGGCACAGAUAAAGCUAUACACAACAGACAAUUAAGUGUAGAAAGACCUUUGGAAGAACAGAUUGCUGAAGCUGAGGCAGACAAGAACAGGAAAAUAGCUCCCACAGAAAACAAGCCAGAGUUCAGGAAUUAUUCCUUUGUUGAUGACCUGAACCUGCUCAAAUCAGUAGCAGAAAGAGAAAGGAAUGAGAAGGAGAGGGAGUCAAUUAGGAGCUCUUUGUAUGAACAGCAAGUGGCCCUUGAUGAUGCAGACUCCACCAAGAACCGCAGGCUUGUGGAUGACUUUGACUCCACUAAAAGCGGGCUGGAUUAUAAAUUCCAAGAUGACCCAGAUGGCCUCCAUCAAUUAGAUGGCACUCCUUUAACUGCUGAAGACAUUGUUCAAAAAAUUGCUGCAAGAAUUUAUGAGGAAAAUGACAGAGGAGUGUUUGACAAGAUUGUUUCAAAGCUUCUAAAUCUGGGGCUAAUCACAGAGAGUCAGGCCUAUACCCUGGAAGAUGAAGUGGCAGAGGUUUUACAACAGCUGAUUGCAAAUGAAGCAAAGGAUCGUGAGAAGGAAUCUGAAGAUUUUGAUUACCCUGCUAGCAGAGCAGAUAUUGAUACAAAAGAAAAGCAACAGGAAAGAAUGACACCAAGCAAAUCUGAUCAGGAUAGUUUCAUUAAUGGAGAUGUUGAUGAUACACUGGAUAACACGUGGUCAUCAUCUAAUGUGUUGGAAAGAAGAAAUGAGCUGCCUUCUGAAGAUAAUUUUGAAGACCUCCAAUAUUUUCCAAAUUUUUAUGCACUAUUAAAAAGUCUUAACUCAGAGUCAGAGACAAAAGAGAAAGAGACCUUGAUAACUAUCAUGAAAACCCUGAUUGAUUUUGUGAAGAUGAUGGUAAAAUAUGGAACAAUCACACCAGAAGAAGGAGUUUCCUAUCUUGAAAACUUAGAUACAAUGAUAGCUGAGCAGACAAAGAAGAAGCUUGAGAACCCUUCCACUAAAACCAGGACAAAACUAACAGCAGACAAGAGCAGUGAAGAAGCAGACAGUACAAAGGAAGAAGCAGCUAAAAUGGAAAAGGAAUAUGAAGUUUCAAAGGAUUCUACAAAAAAUGAAGGACAAAAUGCAGCGGGAAACAGUGAAGAAUCCAGAGGGAAAUCUGAGGCAUAUUUGGAAGCAAUCAGGAAGAACAUAGAAUGGCUGAAAAAACACAAUAAACAAGGUAACAAAGAAGACUAUGAUCUUUCAAAGCUGAGAGAUUUCAUUGAUCAGCAAGCUGAUGCUUAUGUGGACAAGGGCAUCCUGGACAAGGAGGAGGCUGAUGUAAUUAAACGCAUCUAUGGCAGCCUGUAAACGUCAGUGACUGCCAAACCUGUAGGAAUCUAGUCUAGUUCCCCCACUCCUGGCUCAAUGACUUAUGAUCUGUUAAUUUGAGGAUAUCAUUAGAAAUGCUCUGUUUACAUUGUACUGACAACUCUAGACAGAAAUGAAGAGCUGUAGUGCUCCAUUCACUUUCUGCAUACUGUAUUUUCCUACAUUCACAAAUCAACCCUAAACACCAAAUUCUGACACUGAAUUUCUAUUUGAUAAGGUAAAUAUUUCUGUAAUGGUCUCUUUGAUUUAUUGUUUGUGGUUUACUUUUGUAGCUAAACCAAUCAUUUCUGAUGGAAAUUUCUUUUAAUGCUGCAUUUUUUUGCUUUCACUCAACGAGCUUUCUAUAGAUGUAACUAUGUAAAGGGGCAUUAUUAGAAAAUAGUCCAUAGUUCUCUAAAUAAAGUAUUUGAAAAUAA